AUCCUUACCAAAGAAAAAUAUUUCAUUACUUAUUAAUCAUCCCACUCCGCAGCAUCACAUCCAAAAUAGUAUGAACAAUAACAAGUUACCUGAGAAAGAAGACUCCCUUGGCCCAACUUUUGGAUCAUUCAGUUCCCCAGAUAGGAGCAACCUGCCGUAAUUUAAGGCAAUACGCGGUCUUGAACCCAGUUUGCCAGAGUGGUAAGCGGCCAAGUUACGACUACUCUAUCUACGAGGAAGUUUGUGAUCGCUAGCUGCGGGCUGUCAAAACUUAGAUUGUAAAUAAUCAUUGAAGCUUUCUAAUAUUUAUUACGCAAAAACUGUUCUGCUUUUGCGGAGAAGGUAGGCGAAGACGUAGCAAAAUUGAAUCAGGCCGAGUUACACGGAAAUGUCAGUGUCAAAUCGAUGCAUGGACGAAAAAGGCGCGACCGUAUCGAAAAGACUGAGAAUAAAGUCAAGUAUGAACAGUCGUUGCAAUAUCACGGAAAACAUCAGCACCAACUCAAGCAAGAACGUCAAGAGUCGAUCGAAUCGAAGGACGUUAUUUUAAUGUCGACAAUCCCGACAGAGCCACCGCGAAAAGGACGCCCAUCGCGCCACACUGAUGAAGUGCAACAAGCUCCUGCUACACCAGUGACGCCUGUGAAACGCCGUGCUGUUGUUAGCGAGUCGGCUGCUGUCGGGGCCGGAAACUGUCCGGGGGCAGAUACUCCCAAACGGCGAAAAACAUCUGAUGAGUUCCCUCUUCUGCCAGUAUGUGCUAUUUGUGCGCAACCCGAUUCCAGACGCAGUCCGCGUCCUCCUGAGCUUGUUUUUUGCGCUGAAUGUGAAACACGUUGUGCGCAUCCUUUUUGCUUAGGCGCCGCCCUUAACGACGAUAGUGAAAGUUCUACUGCAGGAGGAGGAAAAGGAGCUAGUAGAAGCACUCGAUACCAAUGGCGCUGUCCCCAGUGUCGCUUAUGUGUUGUUUGCAACCAACCCGAAGGUCCACAUAUUUUUUAUGCUUGUUCAGCGUGUUCCAAUGGGGUGCAUAAACAAUGCAUUACAGGGCAAACUUCACCAGCAAAAGGAAUGCGGUGCGCUCGAUGCAUUAAGGGCUGUGAGAGUCGUGUAAAAACUCCCAGUAUCAGUGUUAAUGCAUCGAGGCGUCGUGCGCCUGGAGGCCGAGGAGGUGAAUGUGCAAUGGAGUUAAAGGCCAGACGGAGGCGUGGUCGACUAAAUCAAGACCGUCGCUGCUUCAAUAACAACCCAACUGAGGAAGAACUGAGUCAAUGUUUGCCCGAUUCAGAUUCAAGUAGUCGAAAUUUAAACGGAUCUACUGGCGUGGAAUUGAGGUUAGGAGAAGAAGAAAGUCCGAUGAAAAGGGCUCAACGGCAGAAGGAGCGACUUAAGGCACUACAGCUAUGUCGUAUGGAAAGGGGUGAUGGACACGUGCCUCAGGUGGAUUUGGAUAUGUUUCAUCAGGCGCAGGCUAAGGUGAAGUGUAAAAGCGUCGAUGCUUCUAGAAUUCAGUCGAUACAAUUAGGAAAGUUUCUUAUUCGAACUUGGUAUAACUCUCCGUAUCCUCAGGAGUAUCAACAGCUUGAAACGCUUUAUCUUUGUGAGUUCUGUCUCAAGUAUAUGAGUUCUGAUGUCAUUUUGCGCCGACACCUUUCCAAAUGCCCAUGGAGACAUCCACCAGGUGACGAAAUCUACCGCCAAGGACGCCUAUCAUUUUUUGAGGUUGACGGUGAAAGUCAGAAGGCGUAUUGUCAAAACCUAUGCUUACUAGCUAAAUUAUUUCUGGAUCACAAGACACUUUACUUUGAUGUGGAACCUUUCUUGUUUUACUGUUUAACAAUGUAUGACAGCACGGGAUGCCACCUAGUUGGAUACUUUUCCAAAGAGAAAAACUCAUUUCUUAAUUACAAUGUCAGUUGUAUUCUCACCAUUCCCGCCUACCAGCGUCAGGGAUUUGGCCGCUUUCUCAUCGAUUUCAGCUACCUUCUCACGAGGAGUGAGGGCAAGGUCGGCUCACCUGAAAAACCACUCAGCGAUCUUGGUCUUAUAAGCUAUCGGGCAUAUUGGAGAUCGGUGAUACUUGGUGUGCUUGAGAACUACCAAGGCUCCUGCAUAUCGAUCAGGGAAAUCUCGCAGGUUACCGCCAUACAGCCAUAUGACAUUGUGAGCACCUUGCAGCUGUUAGGCGUUAUAAAGUAUUGGAAGGGUCAACAUGUCAUUAUGAAGUCGACGAUUCAGCAAAAGAGUGCCUCAGCGGAUGUGGAAGUCACACAUGCGUCGCCAACUAAGAAAAAAAUCACCGCCACCAGCCGACGUAAAAAAAACAUAGCGAUUACGGAUUCCACAAGUACUCGCGUAGCACCUUUAAAAUCAGAUGAGAGCUGCUUGGUGUGGAUUCCGUAUGGCAAACGAGAGAAAAGACUCGACGUUGCGUGAAUUCGAAGUAAACCCUUUGCAAAGAGUAAAAUCAUUUGACAGAGCUGUUUA